UCAGUCGAGUGCGGUUACACGGUGAGCGAGUGCCCUGCGUCCGUCUCCACAGCGAUACGAGAGUGCGACCACGUAAGUGGAAACGACAGUGGAACAAACAUGUCCUGAGGAUUCUCCGAGUUCCGGAGGCGCUUUUGGAUUCGCUCCAAAACACCUAAGUUAAUUCAGUAGAUUUGUGUCCUUCGUGACCGAUUGUAAAAUAAUUUCCGAGUGUUAAAAGUUUCGUUAGAAUAUUUCAGUUUAAUUUUUUACUGCACAUUGGGUUAGAAAAUUAAACCCCGGAUUUAGAAUUUGGGCCGGCGAAGACACAAUUGCUUUCAGUGGUCAGUUUUUGUAAUGGGCACGUUUUCAGCCGAAUUCACCAGCAAAGGCGUAAACGCCGGGUAAGAUACUCGUUGUUCCACUUCGUUCUUGUGUGUUCUUGAGUGAAAACAUUGCGAAGAUGAAAGAAGACAAGGGUGGCAGGUGCGAGAAGGCCUCUCACGCCUGGCUGUUCUCGCUUUGCAUGGUGAGCGUGUUGGCCUGCGGAUAUUUGUUAUACAAGGAGACUCAGCUGGAGUCGCGGCUGGAGGAACUGGAGCGACAGUUCUUGGUGCUGCAGCAUCAGAGAGUGGCCUCGACUCCGGUCUCGGUUCCGGGGGAGCUGCUGGUCGAGAGGUACCAAACCCACUCCAGGGUGGCCCGGGAGAUACCCAGUGAUUGCUCAUGUCCAGGACCGCCCGGGCCGCCGGGCAAGCGGGGCAAGCGAGGAAAGAAGGGUGACCCAGGCGAGCCAGGACCCGCGGGUCCAUUGGGUCCUCCCGGGAAGAAUGGUUUUCCGGGCCUAAAAGGCGCCAAGGGGGACCGGGGUUACAUGGGUCCGAUUGGCUUGGACGGGCCCAAAGGCGAUCCUGGUCGACCAGGUGACAAGGGUCAGAAGGGAGAACUCGGCAGUCCAGGCUUCGACGUCUACGCUGCUGUCAAGGGGUUAAAGAGAUCAGUGACUACUCUCAGGGGCGGGACCCUCGGCUACGCUGAGAUAGUAGCUGUGAAGGGACUCCAGGAACAAGGUCAUAACAUUUCCGCCCAGACCAUCAUCACUCUCAAAGGAGAGCCUGGAGAGCCGGGACCCCCUGGUCCGCCGGGACCUCAGGGUCCUGAAGGCCUCCCAGGACACGAUGGUAGACAAGGUAUUCCUGGAGAACCAGGAGCGCCAGGAGAAAAGGGUUCGCCAGGUCCUGUGGGUCCUAUGGGCCCGACUGGAGAACCGGGAAUUGCUGGAAUGAAGGGUACAAAAGGAGACCGAGGCUUCUUAGGUCAACCAGGCUUCCCAGGACUGCCAGGAUACCGAGGACUACCUGGUGAUAAAGGGGAUAAGGGCGAACGAGGGUUGACGACGACAUUAAAGGGCGACCAAUUCCCGACGGGGAUAAUCGAAGGACCGCCAGGACCCCCAGGACCACCAGGGCCGACAGGCGCCAGGGGUGACAAGGGGGACCUAGGGCCAACAGGGCCGCCUGGCAUGCCUGGAGAGAAAGGUGCCAGGGGAAAACGCGGCAAGAGGGGCUCCUCAGGACACGCAAAUAUGCGGGGCCUCCCAGGUUUGCCAGGGGCCCCGGGUCAGCCAGGGGAGAGAGGGAAUCCAGGCAGUCCAGGACCUAAAGGAGACAGAGGCUUGACAGGACCUCCUGGAGACCAAGGGAUGGGAGAGCCAGGACCUCAAGGUCCACCAGGAUUACCAGGCCAGUACGGUCCCAAAGGAGAGAAAGGUGACUAUGGAGACAUCGGGCCACCUGGUCUGAUGGGACCUCCAGGCCUGCCCGGACCUCCUGGCUACCCAGGUCAGAAAGGAGACAAGGGCGAUAAAGGGGAAUCGAAAUAUAAGAAGCUUAGAAGAAGACAGGGAGACGGAACAUUUGACUCCAUCGGCGGAGAAGUUGUAGUUGGCCCCCCUGGUCCACCCGGCCCUGCAGGAAUCCCAGGACUUCAGGGUCCCCCAGGCAUCAAAGGCGACAGGGGAAUGGAUGGAGCAAAAGGAGAGCCGGGAGAGAAAGGGUCAAAAGGUGACCCAGGGCCUAUGGGAUUACCUGGUCCCAUGGGGCUGAGAGGUGACUCGGGGCGGCCAGGAGAUAUAGGCAAGCCAGGUCAAAUGGGCCCUCCUGGCUUGGACGGAAUGAAGGGAGGACAGGGAGAGCCAGGAACAAAAGGAGAGAGAGGGGAUCCAGGAUUACCUGGCACUGAUGGAAUUCCUGGUACAGAGGGACCCAAAGGUGACAAAGGAACCAAAGGAGAAGCAGGCCCAAUAGGCAAGAGAGGACGGAAAGGAGAUAAAGGUGACAAGGGGGACCAGGGUGUCCCGGGACUGGACGCUCCAUGCCCCAUUGGGCCUGACGGCCUCCCACUUCCCGGCUGCGGCUGGAGACCACCAAAGGACUUUAGUGACACGCACACUACGCCCUCAUCUCUGUCUAUAACACCCGAAAGUCCUGCGGAGGAUUAUGAUGAUGGAGGAGAAGAGGAGUAUGAGGAGUAUCCCGACCCUAACACUAACAACUACCAGCCGACCAAGUAACACAGGACUAGUUCAAGACAUCUGUAAGAGAACUGCCAUGUACAUAUACCCGCCAUUUCAACAAACUCUAGUGAAGUGAUAGCGUUAAAUUACGCAUUUGUGUCAAGUUAGCGUAGUCAAAUGUUUUAUUUUUGUACAUAAAUAUAAACAAUUUCGUUUUUGUUUUGUUAAGUUUUAUCUAAUUUAGUGUACAUAAGUUAAAUAGGGUAUACAUAGAUAAUAAGUUUUUUACCUCCUUUUUUAUUACUAGUAAUGACUAAGGUCAUUUACGCAGUUAAUAUGAAAAUGACUUAAAGCAGUUGAUAAUUAUUUUAUGUUUAUAGUUAAAUCAUUAUUAACCAAAGCAUUGAUUUGAAUUGUGUUUUAUAUAAGUUUAACAAAGCAUUAGAAUGUUUUAAUAAAUUAUACUCUUCUACGUGAAUUUUAAAUUAUAUUAAUCCACUUCUAGAAUUAAAUUACUUUGAUAACAAAAUUUAGCAAAUAUAUUUAUAAGAUAUUGCAUAUAUAUGUUCAAUUAUACCAUUCAUCUGAACUGUUUAAAAGGUUUAUUUUUAUAUUGUUGAAGUGCCUUGCAGUGAUCUCCACAGAAAUAUUUUGUGUACAAAAACGAAAGUUGUAUGGCAAAAUUAUUUAGAUCUUUUGUUAUCAACCAACUUUGUGUCAGUUCAACUUCCAGACAUUCAAAGCCAUGGAUGAAUUUAUGUUUGUGUGUUAAUAGUUAGUCACUGUAUGUAUUUAUCAGUUAAGAACGUAUGUAUAGUUGUGUGUUUGAUGCAUUUGGUAAGAAUGCUUUAAUUUAUUUAUCAACUUUUGUACGUACUGUAUUUUUAAGUUCCUACUGAGUCUUUUACAGGUAAAAAAAUAUUCACACUAAUCCGUAUUUUAAAAGUUAAAAGGUAUUUACAUUUUUUUAUAAAUACAGUCUAUUUGAAAAAAUAAAUACAAAGUGGAAUAUUUAAUCUUACGUAUAGAACACAUUAAAUUUAUAACUAAUACUUUUUUCUGAAAAUAGUUCACUUUUAUCUAAACAUUAUUUUAUGCUCUUAUUGUUUCAGGUACAUUUAUGAAUUGGAUGUAGGCAAAUUUAUUUAACUAAGUAUUAAACAAUAGUGAUAGGAUUUUUAUCAUUUUUAUGGAAAAUGGUUUUUUGUUCUUGGUACUUUGUAUCUUUUAUAAAUAUUUUGUUCAUAUUUACUUAUUGUAGCUACAAUGUCACUGUUCAGUCAAAAAGGAAUAUAUAGUUAUGUAUCCGUACAUUAACCACCCUUUUGUAUUUGGGUAAAGUAAGUGUAGGCAUGAGUGUUUCCUGUGCUGUAACCAUAGGACUUGACUUUGAGGGGAGGGGGGCAUCUGAUUGAAGAGCAUACCAUACCAGGGGAUAUGGUAAACAUCUAAAUAACUGUAAAUUUCAAUCGAUUAUAGAAGCCUAAUUCAUAUAAAAAAAAACACAUAACUUGUAUUUAAAAUAAGUUGGGUUGUUGUUAUGUAUAUUUUUAAAAUUUUAGAGCUUUUUGGGGGGAGCCUUCUAUCCAUCUUACUUCCCUCCCAUUGGUUAUGCCAGUGAAUGUUUCACACUGAUAGUAAUAAUUAUCUGCUCAUGCCAAUUCACAUGUAGAUUUUUUGACAUGCUUUGUUCUAACUAUUUUCUCCUAUAGCAUAGGUCUGAAUAGAUUUUACGCUUGAAGAGUGAGUAAUUCUCUCAUGUACAAUUUAUUAGCUUAUAGCCGUGUUCAACUAUCAAUCUGUAAUCUUGUUUAGUAAUGAGUUACUGCUAAAUUCAGAAUAUGUAAUUAAUUAAAUAAAUUAAAUAUUGAUUAGGGUCAGAAACAAAGAUUUAAUACCUAUAGAAAAAAUAAUUUAGUCUCAUUUACAGAAUAAUAUACUCCAUGUGAUUACUACAUAAAGAUCUACACAACAUUCACAUUUGACCACCAACAUAUUUUGCUAAACAAUUUGAGAAGUCAGAUUCUGCUGUUAGUUUUUGGUUCUUUUCUCUUGAAUUGAAAAACUAAGAAUGAUGAUAGGAAUCAAUUGUUUUUAAAGUGUACUCUGCAUAUUUAAAGCAUUUUGCCUUAGCCCUUUGAGCGCCAGUAUUUUAAUGCCACUCCAUAUGGAGAAGUGCCAUGGUGAAAUUGGCAUGUUUUGCAUGUUUUUAUUGAGAAGUUUACUCGACUCUAGAAUUUAUACCAGACGCUUUCAUUCGUUGAAAUAAAUGUAAAGUUGUCUUUUGUUUUGCAGUUAAUUAACUGUGCCACAAGAACAUGUAAUCGAAAUAUUUUUAGAAAUAGUAACCUAGUAACAAAUUAUAAAGUAUUGGAAUUUGUUUUUAAUUUGGAGUUUAUUCAAACUUUACGUACAUUACAAAAAAUAUUUUGCACAUGGGAACAUAUUUUGUUUCAAUCUAUACCUAAUUAUUAACAUGUGUACACAAAAAAACUCAUUUGGCAAAUAAUAUUUGCUAACAUUGAUUUUCAUCAAACUUAAUUCUUAUUUUUUAACAUAUUUGUUUUUGCAAUAUUAAAGCGCAAAUGUUGGAAAUAGUGAUAUUUUUUACAACUCUAUGUAACAUUGAUAGAUGUUAAUUCUAAACUUAAUUAAGAAAAUAAAAAGUACUAAACAAAAGUAACCUAUCUGUAAUGAAAGGACACAUAAGCAAGGGUAAAAAUCACUUGGAAAGCUUUCAUUGUUUUAUGAUAAUACCAGUGUGAUUCAGUAAAAACAGAGAGUGUAUGCUUUUACUGCAUCUCUUAGAAAUAGUUAAGUGGUGGAUCCAGGGGAUAGGCUAGGAGGGUCAUGUCAUCCUCUAGUUUAUGAAAAACGUAAUCGAUCUUGUAUUAUAACCAUACAUAAAUUAAAUUAUGAACUAAACUUUGAAUAUGAGUGAAUUGUUUUCUAAACAAUUUAUGUUUUGAUGCAUGGUCCAAAGUUACCUGUUAUAAUAACGAUAAUGAUAAAUUAAAACUCAGAUGGCCCCCUCCAAAAAUCAGGACUGGAUCCACUCUUUCUUUGUACAAACUUAAUUUUUAAUAAACAUAUGUCAAUAUUGAAACACUACUUUUUUGCCAAGGAAAUUGAAUUCUACAAACUCUACAGUGUGAAACAUUUUUGUUCAGAAUGUAUUAUAUUUAAUUAAAAAUAGUUAAUAGUAGAUUUUAAAAUUUGUUUUACUUGAAAUCUAAAACAAUUUUUAGAAUUCAUUAGAUUUAAAGAUUUUAUAAAAUCUCCUAGUACAAUGAAGAUUAAUCUGGUAUGUUUUAUAUUUUUUUCAAAAACUUACUGACAAUAUUGUUCCAUUAUAAAAAAUACUGGAAUCAAAUAAUAUGUAAUUAAGGAUUUAGUUACUCUUUACCAGCUCUACAACCAAUCACAGCUUUUUAAACUUAAGGUUGAAAUGGUAAUGCCAGUUUAAUGAGAAAGUAUCAGAUUAAUCUAUGGGCUGCUAAGAUGUUAAAUGUGAAAGACUGAAUACUUCAUUAUGUGAGGAAUGGUAUAAGUAUAACAUUUAAAUGACACUUCAGAGACAAGUAAGGUGAAGCCAGUGAAAUUGUUACUUUUACAAUUACACUUGUAAUUUUGUAAUGAGUGCCACACAGAAGUAACAUAUAGUUUUGUUUAUUUUGUAUUUUCUUAUGUACAAUAGUAUGUGUUAGUUUUACAGUAUAAUUGUACAGAAAAGUAGGUUAAGUAUGACACGUUACACAUCGGUCUCACAAAUAACGGAGUUUCUAUUUAUUUGUACAGUUCCCAAAAGAGAUGUUAGCAAGCAUGUUGUGCCAAAUAAUAAAUGAUUCAUAAAGCUGUCUAAUAAAACAACUGUCAUCUAUUCA